UAUUAUGGCCGCAUACGAAGUAAUUUCCAAGUUAACUUUUCAGUUGAGCGCUGGAACAGCUGAAGAACGCGAGCGUCCAGAUCGGAUCGCCGUCUGAUUCUCGUUCUUAUACUCGAUUUAAGUCGUUAAUUGUCGCGCUAAGUGCUCCGCUUUUAAGUUCUGACCCCAAACACUUGUUGACAUCUCAACAUCGCGAGUUGGGUAAUGCUGUGAAACUCAUCAGUUUAGAUGAUCGAGUUCGUGUUUCUUGACUGGAAUGUCGAUUUCCAAAGUGCAUCUUUGUAUUUAGCCAGUGAUUUCAAGAUAGUUAGCUAUACUUACUAUCUUUUACAUAUAUUUAUGAGAUUGCUGCUGUCGCGUAUCUAAUUCCAACGGUCACGAUUACUUAUUGGGAGCGUUGAAGAGUGAGCUUUCCAGAGCUAAAACUUUCCAGUGAACAGCUGUUUGGGAGCUUUGGGGUUUAUUUUCCCCAUCUCCGAGAGCACUGCACUUUGCAGAGAGUGAGAGCGAGAGAGCGAAAUAGAGCGGGAGUGGGGCAGGUUUUAUCAGCUUGAAGUACGAUUCAUAGAUAAGAAAAAGUCGGCGGCGGGUGUCAAGUCAUUUACACAAUUUAUCGCUUCUUCGCUUUGCGCAAUCGAAUGGAAAAACGGAGUGCACUGCAUUCCGGAUUGGAGUAGAAACCGGAGCACACGGAUCAUCAUCAUGAAUAAACUAAGGGCCCUAUUGCCCGGUCAACACUCGACGAAUGGAGCCUCCCGUCAUUCCGUAACUCUGGAAGCGGAGAUCGGAUUCCAGAUCACAAUCGACAAUCCAAAAAACAGUGAUCAGAACAAGGGCUCUGCUGCAAUACCAGAGCUCAACGUCCACCUCAUCGCCGCCCGACAUCUGCCCUCUCUGUUCGGCUUCAAGAUCGUUCAGGGCUAUUUGAUAAAGGUGAAGCUAUUUCCCGGAUCGAAACGCUUGGACAGCAGUAUUCAGACAAACACGUGGCCCAAGUUCAAUGAAAAUUUCAAGUUUCCCCUGGUGCCAGAUAUCAAAUCCUCUAUGAAGCAUGUAACGCGACGAUCCGCAAAUGGUCAAGCAAAUAACCCAGAUCCGGAACCAGAACAGCUCUUCUCCGGACAGUUUGUGGUCUUUACGGUCUACGCUCUGUUGGAACUUCCGGCAACAAAUUUCAAUCGCUUUAAUAAGACAUACCGCUCGCUGAAGGACAGGAGUACCAGCUUUGUCCAACGAUUCGUCGAUCCAACAGCAAGUGCUCCAAAUGAGGCCAAGACUGAAGCUGGAGGAAAGCCCAAUGAUCAGGGUAAAGUAAAGAAAAAGUCUGACAGCUCCGCAAGGGAUGCAAUGCCACCGCUGACUAUAAGUGAAUCGCGAAGAAAUAUAGGUUCCGUCACCUGCUACCUGGAAUCCAAGCUCUUUCAACGCAACAGCCGAACGGGGUGUUAUUCGUCGGAAGAGUUGUGGCUGCCUAUAAAAGAUAUCACCACAACGGUGGCCAAGUCGUCGCCCAGCAACAACAAUUUUGUUAACUCCACCAAGGGCGUGGUUGAGCUGGCCCUUGAGGUUCGCGAUCUGCUGGAAUGCGAGUCACCGGUGGAGACUUCGAUGCCCCCGCCAACGCCCUCGAACACGCCCACUACGCCGACACCCCCUUCCACCCACUCGGCCAACAAUUGGCAACGGAUGACCGCAGAAGUGAAGCGGAAGAUGGGCAUCAGCAAUGCCGGAAGCUCGGACUCGGGAAGAUACCUGCUCCGGGUGACCACCACGCGGAUGCGCUGCUCCAACAAGGUCAAGGACGAACUGGAGGCCACUGCGAGCUCGGGGGUGUAUGUGAAGACCACGGCCUUCGAGCACGGCAUCUACAUUGAUGCCUGGAAGUCGCCCAUCUUCUUUCCCUCGCUCUCCACCAAAUGGGACGAUGGCUCCGGCGAGGGAAUGAUCGAUAUUCCGCUCCAGAGACUCGAUCAGUUGGAGGACAUAGUCCUUCGAAUUACACUGGCCACCAAGAAGAUGGGCAAGAAACUGGUCCUCGGCACGGUUAUCAUUGGCGGCGAUCAGGCGGGAGAUACGGGUUCCGAGCAGAUGCGCCUCAUCCGGGAAUCCCCGCCAGGUCAAAGGGUCGCCGCCUGGCACUGUUACCACUGAAAUCGAACUCAAAGCUGUACUCCAAGCUGCAAUGUAAAUAAUAGCAAAAAAGUAAAACUUUAGAUAAUUCCUAUCAAAAUUCCUUUGUGCGUCUGGACGUACUCAUAAUGUACUUGCAUUUCGAUCGUUAAAAGUAUUAAAUUUAAUUGCGAAUUGUAAAA